AUGGCUUCGCUUCCACCUCCUCCCCCUCCAGGAUGGGGCCCAGCUCCUCCUCCUUCAAUGCCUUCGGCACCUCCGCCACCCGGAUAUCGACCUCCCGCCGACCCCAAAGUCGCAAAGUUCGCCCAGAAAAAGACAGAAUGGUUGAGGACUCAGCGCAACAGGUUUGGCGAAAAGAGGAAGGGCGGUUUCGUCGAGUCUCAGAAGACUGACAUGCCGCCUGAGCAUCUGAGAAAGAUUGUCAAGGAUAUUGGUGAUGUGUCGCAGAAAAAGUUCAGCACCGACAAGCGCAGUUAUUUGGGAGCUUUGAAGUUCAUGCCUCAUGCUGUUCUUAAGCUACUUGAGAAUAUGCCUAUGCCUUGGGAGUCAGCUCGUGAGGUUAAGGUCUUGUACCAUGUAAACGGUUGUCUUACUCUUGUCAACGAAAUACCGCGAGUCAUCGAGCCUGUUUUCCAUGCUCAGUGGGCGACCAUGUGGGUUUGCAUGAGAAGAGAAAAGGCAGACCGACGCCAUUUUAAACGUAUGCGCUYCCCGCCAUUCGACGACGAAGAACCGCCACUCUCAUGGUCCGAGAACAUUGAGGAUGUUGAACCUUUGGAACCUAUACAGAUGGAGUUGGAUGAGACUGAAGAUGCCGCAGUUUACGAGUGGUUCUACGACCACAGACCUCUUCUUGAUACGCCUCAUGUGAACGGACCGAGUUAUAAAAAAUGGAAUCUAUCGCUACCUCAAAUGGCAACUCUUUAUCGAUUGAGCCAUCAGCUAUUGAGUGAUGUGGUAGACAAAAAUUACUUCCACAUGUUUGAACUAAACAGCUUCAUCACAGCCAAAGCUUUGAAUGUGGCCAUGCCCGGAGGACCUCGAUUCGAGCCUCUAUACAAGGAUAUCGACCCGAACGAUGAGGACUUUGGCGAAUUCAAUGCGAUUGACCGAAUCAUUUUCCGCUCUCCUAUUCGCACAGAAUACCGUGUGGCGUUCCCUUACCUUUAUAACUCUCUUCCACGAAGUGUCAAGCUCUCGUGGUAUUCGCACCCUCAAGCCGUUUAUGUUCGAUCUGAUGAUCCCAACCUUCCAGCCUUCUACUUUGACCCUGUCAUUAACCCGAUCUCCUCACGAUCUGUCGCGCCAAAGAAUAUCACCAUCUCUCACGAAGAUGAGAUUUUCGGUGAGGGCAACAAUGAGGAUGAUGACUUUGAGCUUCCAGGCGAUGUCGAGCCUUUCUUAGCGGACGAAGAGCUAUACAACAGCGAUACCGCAUCUGCCAUUGCCCUUUUGUGGGCUCCUUAUCCAUUUGACCGCCGUUCCGGUAAAAUGGUUCGCGCUCAAGAUGUGCCAUUGGUGAAGCAAUGGUACCUCGAGCACUGCCCACCGGGCCAGCCUGUCAAGGUCCGGGUCUCGUACCAGAAGCUUCUGAAAACAUAUGUUCUCAACGAGCUGCAUAAGGCCAAGCCCAAAGCUCACAACAAACAAAAUCUUCUGAGAACGCUCAAGGGUACCAAGUUUUUCCAGACUACGACGAUUGACUGGGUUGAAGCAGGUCUUCAGGUCUGCAGACAAGGAUUCAACAUGCUGAACCUGCUUAUUCACCGAAAGAACUUAACUUAUCUCCACCUUGAUUACAACUUCAAUCUCAAACCAGUGAAAACUUUGACCACGAAAGAACGAAAAAAGUCUCGUUUUGGUAAUGCUUUCCAUCUUAUGCGAGAGAUCUUGCGCUUGACAAAGUUGAUUGUCGAUGCCCAAGUGCAGUACCGACUCGGCAAUAUCGACGCUUUCCAGCUCGCUGACGGUAUCCUUUACGCUUUCAAUCAUGUCGGUCAAUUGACUGGUAUGUACCGUUACAAGUACAAGUUAAUGCAUCAAAUUCGAUCUUGCAAGGAUUUGAAGCAUUUGAUCUACUACCGUUUCAACUCCGGUCCGGUCGGCAAAGGUCCAGGUUGUGGUUUCUGGGCUCCGGCAUGGCGAGUUUGGUUGUUCUUCAUGCGUGGAAUCAUCCCAUUGCUUGAAAGAUGGCUUGGUAAUUUGCUUUCUCGUCAAUUUGAGGGUCGUCAUAGCAAGGGUGUUGCUAAGACUGUGACAAAGCAACGUGUGGAGUCUCACUUCGACUUGGAAUUACGUGCUUCAGUCAUGGCUGAUCUCAUUGAUAUGAUGCCCGAAGGUAUCAAGCAGAAUAAGGUUAAUACGGUUCUGCAACAUCUGUCCGAAGCAUGGCGCUGCUGGAAGAGUAAUAUUCCUUGGAAGGUGCCAGGUCUUCCGGCUCCUAUCGAAAAUAUCAUCCUCCGAUACGUUAAAGCCAAGGCUGAUUGGUGGAUUUCUGUCGCCCACUACAAUCGUGAGAGGAUCCGGCGGGGUGCUACUGUUGACAAAACAGUCGCAAAGAAGAAUUUGGGACGUCUGACACGAUUGUGGUUGAAGGCGGAACAAGAGCGACAGCAUAAUUACCUCAAAGACGGCCCAUAUGUGUCGUCCGAAGAAGCUGUUGCCAUAUAUACCACAACUGUUCACUGGUUGGAGUCUCGAAAGUUCUCACCUAUUCCCUUCCCCAGUGUGUCUUACAAGCAUGACACAAAGAUUCUGAUCCUGGCUCUUGAACGUUUGCGCGAGUCUUACUCGGUCAAAGGCCGUCUCAAUCAGAGUCAGCGUGAGGAACUUGCCCUCAUCGAACAGGCUUAUGACUCUCCUGGAACUACAUUGGCCAGAAUCAAGCGUUUCUUGCUGACACAGCGAGCGUUUAAGGAGGUAGGAAUCGACAUGAACGACAACUACAGCGAUAUAAAUCCCGUUUACGACGUCGAACCAAUCGAAAAGAUUACGGAUGCUUAUCUGGACCAGUAUCUGUGGUACCAAGCUGAUCAACGUCAUCUGUUUCCCUCUUGGAUCAAGCCUUCUGAUUCUGAGGUUCCACCUCUGUUGACUUACAAAUGGGCUCAAGGAAUCAACAACUUGUCCAACGUCUGGGAAACCGCUGAUGGCGAGACGAAUGUUAUGAUUGAGACCAAGCUGUCAAAGGUUUACGAAAAGAUUGAUUUGACUCUGCUUAACCGACUUCUUCGUUUAAUCAUGGACCACAAUUUGGCCGAUUACAUUACUUCCAAGAACAACGUACAGUUGAACUACAAGGACAUGAACCAUACGAAUAGUUACGGUUUGAUUCGAGGUCUUCAAUUCUCUGGUUUCGUAUUCCAGUACUACGGCUUAGUCAUCGAUCUCCUUCUUUUGGGUCUUCAACGAGCAACUGAAUUGGCUGGCCCUCCUCAGAGUCCAAACGACUUUUUGCAGUUCAAGGACCGUGCUACUGAGACCCGGCACCCUAUCCGUCUCUACACCCGUUACGUCGACAAGAUCUGGGUUUUCCUCCGUUUCAGCGCAGAUGAAUCUCGAGACCUUAUACAGCGGUUCUUAACGGAACAACCAGAUCCCAACUUCGAAAAUGUGAUCGGCUACAAGAAUAAGAAGUGUUGGCCACGUGACUCAAGAAUGCGUCUCAUGCGUCACGAUGUCAAUCUCGGACGAGCUGUUUUCUGGGAUUUGAAGAAUAGGUUGCCGCGAUCUAUUACUACCAUUGAAUGGGAUGAUACGUUCGCCAGUGUGUACAGCAGGGACAACCCAAAUUUACUCUUCUCUAUGUGUGGUUUCGAAGUCCGCAUACUUCCGAAAAUCCGCAAUCAGAACGAAGAAUUCCCUGUGAAAGACAGUGUUUGGUCUCUUGUGGACAACACGACUAAGGAGCGCACUGCAUAUGCCUUCCUUCAAGUCACAGAAGAAGAUAUCCAGAAGUUUAAUAACCGCAUUCGUCAAAUCCUUAUGUCUUCUGGCUCGACGACAUUCACCAAAAUUGCCAACAAAUGGAAUACCGCUUUGAUCGCUCUCUUCACCUACUACCGUGAGGCUGCUGUGUCAACCGUGAACCUUCUUGAUACGAUUGUGAAGUGCGAAACCAAGAUCCAGACACGAGUCAAGAUAGGCUUGAACUCCAAGAUGCCUUCCAGAUUUCCUCCGGCGGUCUUCUACACACCCAAGGAGUUGGGUGGUCUUGGAAUGAUUUCUGGUUCUCACAUUCUUAUUCCUGCAAGCGACAAGCGAUGGUCUAAGCAAACUGAUACCGGUGUUACUCAUUACCGUGCGGGUAUGUCGCAUGACGAGGAGACAUUGAUUCCCAACAUCUUCCGGUACAUCAUUCCUUGGGAGGCGGAGUUCAUUGACUCGCAACGAGUAUGGAUGGAAUAUUCUCAGAAGAGACAGGAGGCUAAUCAACAAAACCGACGCCUGACAUUGGAGGAUUUGGAGGAUAGCUGGGAUCGCGGUCUUCCGCGUAUCAACACGCUGUUCCAGAAGGACCGAAGCACCUUGAGUUUCGACAAAGGUUUCCGUGCUAGAACCGAGUUCAAGAUCUAUCAGAUCAUGAAGAGCAACCCAUUCUGGUGGACCAGUCAGAGACACGAUGGCAAACUCUGGAACCUGAACGCUUACCGCACCGACGUGAUACAAGCACUGGGUGGUGUUGAGACCAUCCUUGAGCACACCCUGUUCAAAGCAACGGCUUUUCCAUCAUGGGAGGGCCUAUUUUGGGAGAGAGCGUGUCUCGCCAAUGGGACGCGUCUCCUCCGGUACGACCAUACGGAAGUCCAAGUCCAGGAUGUGAAAGAGGGAGACUUGCUUCUGGGACCGGACGGAGGUCCAAGACGCGCUUUCAACAUCGUCCAUGGUCGCGAACGUCUCUUCCGAAUUAAGCUCGGUGGACGAAAGGAGGACCUGGUCGUCACGUCCAACCACAUUCUAGUCCUCCACCGGUCCAGUCACGCCAGAAACGUCUAUUCUGGACCGUCCAUUCGAGGGCAUGCUCAACGGUUUGGAGACAGAUUUGGAGAGCUCCCCGUCCCGAGUUCCAGUCCAGCUGCCGCCGACCGUCCAAACAAUGUGACGAAACAGCGUGGAGACUUCACGUCCGCUUUGAAGAGUGCCAUUGCCUGGAUUCUUAGUGCGGAGCGGAGUGGAACCGGAGCCAAUGUCAUCCGGAACGUCCUGAAUGGAACCAUUGGACUUACGUCACUUCCGGAGUCCUAUCAAGUCAAGAAUCCGCAGGAAAAAGGGACGUAUUUCACAUACGCCUGGGGCAAUCCGAAUCGGACGAAUCAAAAAGGCCAUCCGAAGUUCCCUCCUGUCUUCCUAUCGUCCAAAUCCGCUUGUUUCGAGGCGGCUGUAGCAAAGAGUCGCGAGCUUCAUGCUAAUGACGAAGUCACUCUGGCCACACUCCGUCAACGAUUCCUUGCUAAGUCCGCUAAUGGAAAGGGUGGAGAAAUCCGGGUGGACGCGAACUUGCCCAACCUCUUCCUUCUCUGGAAUAAAAACGGAUCCAGUCUGAAAUUCCGGGUGUACUGUUCUCGGGACUACAAGAAGUACUCGCGUGCCUACGCUUUCGAGGCUUUACCAAGUUCGGACUCCGAGCAGCAAGUGGACGAGGACGUGGACGACCUGCCUGAGGUGUCGGCUGCUGAGCGCUACGAGACGGUUGAGAUGACUGCCGCGGACUUUGCUGCCCUUAGUCCAAAAGAAAGAAGUCUGUAUCGAGUCUUCCGAUCUCCUGGUUACGAUUUGCCUCACCAAGAGGUUCCGGUCGACCCAUAUUUCCUUGGACUGUGGCUUGGGGACGGAAGUCGUGCAAACACUACGAUAACCAACAACCACGAAGCGCCAGUCCGUGAAUUCCUCCAGAAUCACGCCGCCGAACUGGACAUGCACCUUUCCCAUUACGCCCCUCUGGCGUAUGCGACUGUAGCUCGUCAGACUGGCCACCAGACCGGUGUUUUCCCUCCAGCUACCGAGGAAGAGGUCAAUCGUCCACUUCGUCGCCAGGCGAGACAGACUUUGCGGAAGCAGCGCCUUGCUGCUCUGGACUCUGGUCGUCCUCGAGCGUCCACUCCGCCCCUUGAUCUGGAAUCGGAAGUUCAGGUGAAAAGGUACAUGUCUUCCAGUGUGGAGAGUACUCCUCGUCAUAAGCGUCAAGCCGUUCUUGUGUCCCGGAGUGUGUCGCGAGCGCCUAGCUCACUUGCGUACGAGGUGUCUCUUCCGGAAGACGACAUUUCGGUCGUCCCAGAGUCUAUAGGCAACGAUUCUCAACUGGAAAGCAGACGCUUCGAUUCCGAUCUAGUUCUAAACUCUACUUCUGACGCCGAGUCCACUCCGGUUCCCACCUCCCAGCCCAUUUCGAUUCCUAGGUCUGAUCCAGUUUCCUGGUCCGUGUCUGUCGUCCAGUCCUCCCCAGAUUCUGAUUCGGAUGCUGUUUUUGAGCCAUCUCAAGAGGAUCCCGAGUCUGCGUCCGAUUCCGAUUCCGGUUCUAUCCAUGAGUCCAUUCCGGAUAACGCUACAGAGUUCGGAUUUCCUGGACUGCCAGAAACAGAUAUUCCAGAUAUCUUGUCUCAACUUAGCAUGGAUUCGGAACUCGUCCAGCUUGCUGCACAGGUGGAGCAGGCGGAGCAGUCCAAGGACCGCAUCUCCAGCCAGAGCUCAACGAAGGACGUCCUGGAUGGUCCGCUGGAAGAUUUGAAACUUGAUCUUGACAUGUUCGAGACCGAGAGUGAGGAUGAGGACAGCGAUGACGAUGACGAAGAUGGGCCUGCUAUGGAGUCUGGUAAUCCAGCUGACGUCCGUUUUGGCGGCAAGAGAGACAGUAAACCGUCCGAGCCAUCUGUCCCUGGACUUCCUGGUCGUCGACGCCUCCAUCGUCUAAAAACCGGUUGCCGAGCCUAUGGGGAGCUGGACGCGGACGAGGAAGAGCAGCUUGUAAGCGAGAUCGUCCACGAAAGUCACUGUGGUUCCGUGAAUCCCCUUCUGGAUGCGCUCAGGGAGCUGAAAGUCAGUACCCGUGAAACCGGUCCCACCAACGACACCAAGCAUAUUCCUCAAGUUUACUUGAAGAACUCUCGGCCCGUCCGCCUUGCUGUCCUUGCCGGACUCAUUGACAGUGAUGGCUGGUACGUCUUUCCGGAAAACAUGAUAGGCUUUGCCCAGAGUGAGAAAUGGCACAAGAGGCUUUUUUGGGAUGUCGUCGGCUUGGCACGGUCUCUAGGAUUCAGCGUUUGGACGAAGCGGAGGAUGAUGUGGGUCCCUUCUCGCAAGAUACGGACGCCUUUGCUCGUCGCCCAGAUCUUCGGAAACCUGGUUGAGAUUCCCUGUCUCCUUGCCCGUAAGAAAGCUUCGGAGCGUUACAUCCCGCAAAUGCAUAGCUUCAUGAUCAAGGAUAUCUCUCUGGAACCAGUUGAGACAGCCUGGUCCGGUUUCCGGGUGGACAAAGAUCAGCUUUACUUGCGCCAUGAUUAUCUGGUCUUACACAACAGCGGUUUUGAAGAAUCGAUGAAGUUUAAGAAGCUCACCAACGCCCAGCGUUCCGGUCUUAACCAAAUCCCAAAUCGUCGAUUCACUCUGUGGUGGUCCCCGACAAUCAACCGAGCCAAUGUCUAUGUUGGUUUCCAAGUCCAGUUGGAUUUGACUGGUAUCUUCUUGCACGGAAAGAUCCCCACGCUUAAGAUCUCCCUGAUUCAGAUAUUCCGUGCGCAUUUAUGGCAAAAGAUCCAUGAGUCCGUCGUUAUGGAUCUUUGUCAGGUCUUUGAUCAGGAAUUGGAAGCUCUUGGUAUUGAGGCUGUCCAGAAGGAAACCAUUCAUCCUCGUAAGUCAUACAAGAUGAACAGCUCCUGCGCAGACAUUCUGUUAUUCGCGACAAAUAAAUGGAAUGUUACUCGGCCAUCUCUACUUUUCGACACCAAAGAUGUCAUUGAGCCAACAACAACAAACAAGUUCUGGCUUGAUGUUCAGCUUCGAUAUGGCGACUAUGAUUCUCACGACAUUGAACGUUACACACGCGCGAAGUACCUCGAUUAUACAACAGACAGUAUGAGUAUCUAUCCAUCUGCUACUGGUUUGAUGAUUGGUAUCGAUCUGGCCUACAAUCUUUACUCAGCUUAUGGCCAAUACUUCCCCGGUUUGAAGGCGCUUGUUCAGCAAGCGAUGGCCAAGAUCAUGAAGGCAAAUCCGGCUUUGUAUGUGUUACGUGAACGUAUCCGCAAGGGUCUGCAACUCUAUGCUUCUGAGAACAACCAAGAGUUCCUCAACUCUCAGAACUAUUCCGAGCUAUUUAGUCCUCAGAUCCAGCUCUUUAUCGAUGACACAAACGUUUAUCGUGUCACGAUCCACAAGACCUUUGAAGGUAACUUGACGACCAAGCCAAUCAACGGUGCCAUUUUUAUCUUCAACCCUCGUACCGGUCAACUGUUUUUAAAGAUCAUUCACACAAGUGUUUGGGCUGGUCAGAAGCGUUUGGGUCAAUUGGCAAAAUGGAAAACAGCAGAGGAAGUUGCAGCGCUUAUUCGUUCGUUGCCUGUUGAAGAACAACCUAAACAGCUUAUUGUCACCCGAAAGGGCCUUCUUGACCCUCUUGAAGUUCACUUGCUCGAUUUUCCUAACAUUUCCAUCCGUGCAUCUGAGCUUCAACUUCCGUUUCAAGCUGCCAUGAAGGUCGAGAAGCUCGCAGAUAUGAUUCUCAGAGCAACGGAGCCGCAGAUGGUCUUAUUUAACCUUUACGAUGAAUGGUUGAAAUCCAUCUCGCCCUACACUGCCUUCUCCCGAUUGAUCUUAAUUCUUCGUGCACUUCACGUCAACACUGACAAGACCAAGAUUAUUCUUCGACCAGAUAAGACCGUCAUCACUCAGGAACAUCAUAUUUGGCCGACACUUUCAGAUGACGACUGGAUCAAGGUUGAAGUUCAGUUGCGUGACUUGAUCUUGAACGAUUAUGGAAAGAAGAACAACGUCAAUGUUCAGAGUUUGACCAGCAGUGAAGUCAGAGAUAUCAUUCUUGGUAUGGAGAUCAGUGCACCUUCGUUGCAACGCCAGCAAGCAGCAGAGAUCGAGAAGCAGCAAGAGGAUCAGAAACAGCUUACAGCUGUUACUACCAAGACACAGAAUGUUCGCGGUGAAGAGAUAAUUGUGACAACCACCUCACAAUAUGAACAGCAAUCGUUUGCUUCAAAGACGGAAUGGCGAACUCGCGCUAUUGCUACAUCUAACCUUCGUACUCGCGCCAACAAUAUCUACAUCUCAUCUGAUGACAUUCGUGAAGACGGUCUAUACACAUAUGUCAUGCCCAAGAAUAUUCUGAAGCGCUUCAUUAUGAUUGCCGAUCUUCGAGUCCAGGUAGCCGGUUAUCUUUAUGGUAGAUCGCCACCUGACAACGACCAAGUCAAGGAGGUUCGCACUAUUGUUAUGAUACCUCAGGUCGGCAAUACCCGUGAUGUCCAGCUCCCGCAACAGCUGCCUCAACAUGAGUACCUCAAUGGUUUAGAACCAUUGGGUGUCAUUCAUACUAUUUCGGGCAACGAGCCAUCAUAUAUGACUGCACAGGAUGUUACUCAGCACGCACGUCUCAUGAACGAACAUCCAUCAUGGGACAAGAAGACAGUGACCAUGACCGUGUCCUUCACUCCUGGAUCAGUCUCUCUUGCAGCAUGGGCCUUGACUCCUCAGGGCUACAAAUGGGGCGCCGAGAACAAAGACACUAGCUCAGACCAGCCACAAGGCUUCUCCACAAGCAUGGGUGAUAAAUGUCAGCUAUUGCUAAGUGACAAGAUCCGCGGAUACUUUCUGGUGCCUGAAGACAACGUGUGGAACUACAGCUUCAUGGGUAGCUCGUUCAGCAGUGUCGAGAAGCGACCUGUCUAUGUCAAGAUUGAUACGCCUCUUCGGUUCUACGAUGAUCAGCACCGUCCUCUGCACUUCCAGAACUUUGCUGAGUUGGAGGAUAUUUGGGUUGAUCGUUCUGAUAACUUCGCCUAA